AUGCUUCACCAAGACCUACGUAAAUGGAACCAUCUGAAGAGGAGGAGAGCACAGACUACAGGAGGAGAGCACAGACUACAGGAGGAGAGCACAGACUACAGGAGGAGAGUACAGGAGGAGAGUACAGGAGGAGAGUACAGACUACAGGAGGAGAGCACAGACUACAGGAGGAGAGCACAGACUACAGGAGGAGAGCACAGACUACAGGAGGAGAGCACAGACUACAGGAGGAGAGCACAGACUACAGGAGGAGAGUACAGGAGGAGAGCACAGACUACAGGAGGAGAGCACAGACUACAGGAGGAGAGCACAGACUACAGGAGGAGAGCACAGACUACAGGAGGAGAGCACAGACUACAGGAGGAGAGCACAGACUACAGUAGGAGAGUACAGGAGGAGAGCACAGACUACAACUACAGGAGGAGAGCACAGAGGAGCACAGACUACAGAGGAGAGCACACGAGCAUACAGGAGGAGAGCACAGACUACAGGAGGAGAGCACAGACUACAGGAGGAGAGACAGAGGAGAGCACAGACUACAGAGACAGACUACAGGAGGAGCACAGACUACAGGAGGAGAGCACAGACACAGUAGGAGAGCACAGACUACAGGAGGGACAGACUAGGAGCACAGACUACAGGAGGAGAGCACAGACUACAGGAGGAGAGCACAGACUACAGGAGGAGAGCACAGACUACAGGAGGAGAGCACAGAGACAGACUACAGGAGGAGAGCACAGACUACAGGAGGAGAGCACAGACUACAGGAGGAGAGCACAGACUACAGGAGGAGAGCACAGACUACAGGAGGAGAGCACAGACUACAGGAGGAGAGCACAGACUACAGGAGGAGAGCACAGACUACAGGAGGAGAGCACAGACUACAGGAGGAGAGCACAGACUACAGGAGGAGAGCACAGACUACAGGAGGAGAGCACAGACUACAGGAGGAGAGCACAGACUACAGGAGGAGAGCACAGACUACAGGAGGAGAGCAGCACAGACAUACAGGAGGAGAGCACAGACUACAGGAGGAGAGUACAGACACAGAUACAGAGACUACAGGAGGAGAGCACAGACUACAGGAGGAGAGCACAGACUACAGGAGGAGAGCACAGACUACAGGAGGAGAGCACAGACUACAGGAGGAGAGCACAGACUACAGAGGAGGACAGAGCACAGACUACAGGAGGAGAGCACAGACUACAGGAGGAGAGAGCACAGACUACAGGAGGAGAGCACAGACUACAGGAGGAGAGACAGACUACAGGAGGAGAGCACAGACUACAGGAGGAGAGCACAGACUACAGGAGGAGAGUACAGACUACAGGAGGAGAGCACAGACUACAGGAGGAGAGCACAGACUACAGGAGGAGAGCACAGACUACAGGAGGAGAGUACAGACUACAGGAGGAGAGCACAGACUACAGGAGGAGAGCACAGACUACAGGAGGAGAGCACAGACUACAGGAGGAGAGCACAGACUACAGGAGGAGAGUACAGACUACAGGAGGAGAGUACAGACUGCAGGAGGAGAGCACAGACUACAGGAGGAGAGUACAGACUACAGGAGGAGAGUACAGACUACAGGAGGAGAGCAUGGGACAACUAUUCAAAUAA